CCGGACCCCGGGGUCACAGCAGAGGAAUGAGGAGAGGCAGCCGGGCCCCGCGCUCCGCCCCGGCCUAGGGCCUUGCCCCGGGAGCCGCGAGGGUAACGGAGCCCCCGCCUUGUCACCCUCCCCCGUCUGCUCCCGCCCCUCCCGCCUCUUCAGACUCCCAAACUCUGACCCUCUGAUCGCCACUGUUCUCCAUCUCCUUUCUGAUUAUAUUUCACCCUGAGCCAUCUCCUCUCGGCACCCCCUCUUCGCCCUGACUGUUCUUGCUUGGCCCCAACCUUUCCCCGGUUACUCCUCCCUUUCACCUGCGUCCCGCCUUCCCAGCCCCCCUUUUCCCCGUUCGUGGCCUCCCUUCCUCAGCUGUGCUGGGCAGUUUGGACGGUCCUCCCUUGUCAGCUAGACUUUCGGGGAGGGAUGGUGGAGUUUUAAGGUGGCUAGGAGUGCAGGGUACUACCCUCAUUGUAGGAUAAAGUUCAUUUUAAAGUCUCAAUAUAAAAGUAAAAUGAAAAGAAAACAAGCUGUUCUCCCCUAUCGAUAGCCAAACUGAGGUGCGUCCAGUAAUGGAGGAAGGGAGCGAAAAAGAAGUGUGUGUGUGUGUGUGUGAGUGUGAGAGAGAGAGAUUGAUUCUAGGGCAGGCUUAUGAACUUUAGAAAAAAAGAAAAGUUGCCAUGAGCCGAUGGAAACUUUAGAAGCUGAUGAUGAGUAAGCCGAGGGUUGCGUGAUCUCACUCCUCUUCUCAUAAUUACUAGGUUAACGGUGUGGCUCCGGUCGGGAUGGAACGGGAUUUGUUUACUGGGCCGGCGUAUUUUUAGCUUGUCGGCUCACAAGGACCAGCGCUCUGAGUCUCUCUCUCCGCCUCUCUCUUCCCCUCCGUCUUUCUUUCUCUCUCUUCCUCUCUCUUUUUCUCCCCCCACUCCCCCGCCCCCCACGGUCUAGGUAGUCUCUCAGGAGCCCAGGUGGCUUCUCUGGGCACAAUACAGAUAUAAAAAUUAAGUUCAAAGAAAUGUUCUGUAAGAGAUUCUCCCCAGCUCUUCAGGGAGUUUUCUUUUCAUGAAUGCAAAGGCAAAAAUUAGUUGACUUUUAGUACAUAUAUGUAUAAAAUACUUUCUAGAAAAUCAGAAACGGGUAAUUGUUCAGUCUGUGGCUUCUCAUACUGUAUAUUUAGAUCUUAGAGGACGCUGGAUCCCUUUGUCUUUCAACCUAUUUCUAAAGUGGGAAAGGACAAAGUAGAGAGAAGAGGUAGUGAUAAGGCAGGUCCAAAAGGGUAGCUAGUCCUAAAUCUUUAAAAAACAUUUUCUAUACUGUAUAACUUUAAAAAAUAGAAACUUUCUUUCCUAAUAAAUGAGAUUACAUUCUUGAUGGGAUGGAGAAGACAGCAGGGGCUUAUGCUGGGUGCCUAGGGAGAAUCAGACUUGUAAUUAAACAUUUGCCGUGCAUAAUUUACAAAUGAAUACAUUAUGGGCAAACAAUUAUACUCUUUGUCCUCAUGGUUUUUCCGAGCCUUUCUUUUAAAGGUUAGUAACCAACCUGCUGUGCUAGUCUAUUGAUAUUUUGAAGGCUGGACAGAACUGUAAAAUAAAUGAAAUUGAUGUUGCUCAUCUGGAAGCUGAAUGCCAGUCUGUUCUAAUUUCCACUAGCUACCCAGCAUGCCUCAGAGCACCUCCCUGAGUUAGUGGCCAGUUACUAUGUACUUAGAGAUUACAAAUGAAUACACAUAUUAGCUCAUGCUAGGAAUAAUUGAGAUAAUAAAUACGCUGAAAAGAUUUUCCAAAACUGAAAUAGAUUAUUUUUCGAUUUUUUCCAUUUCGGAUUAUCAGCACCUUUCUACAGAUAAUCAUCCAUUAACAUGAAUAAUUUAGAGUUGAACAGAUACCCACUUUGGACAGUAUGCAUUCAAGCAGGAAGGAAAGAUGGAAGGAAGAUAGUUUCCAAAUUAUUACUAUUUUUGUUGUUGUUGUUGCCUGCUUUGACUUAUCCCUUUCAUUUAAUGCCAAAGACUCCUUUGUGAAAAAAAAAAGUAAACCUUUGCCAAAGAAAGGGCUGUCUACUGACUUGUAUAAGGCAGGCUGACCAGUAAUGAAUGUUAAUUACUAGUUGGACUUUGUGUAGUUAUGUUACCAACAACGUGGAAAUUUUCCUGAAGCUUUAUUUCGUUAAUCUCUUUCUUUUGGGAUCGCUAUUGAAAAUGAUUUAAUUUGAAGGGUACUAUCUAAUUUUUAAAAAUCACACAUGCUGUUCCAGAGUCUGUUGACUAUCAAUAGUUGUUUUAAUUUAUGAGUUAGUUCGUGCCAAUAUUAGUGAUGAUAUCUGGCAAAUUCAAUUCAUAUCUGUAUUUAGCAACUUCCCCUGGUUGAACUACAUAUAUUAUUCCAGGGGUUAGGGGUGGGGAUUGAAGGAGUGAAUAAACUCUAGGAAUAAGUGUAGGGCAGCCCAACAGCCCAUCACUGUUUUCAGUUCUCAGAAGGCUUUGUGUGGAAUUUUGAGAUUCAAUAUAUAUGUAACCAAGUGAAUUAUGAUGGAAUAACUCAGCAUUAAAAAUAAGUUUUCAGACUUUUAUGGGGGCACUAAGUGCCACUUGUUAAAGUUUUAGAGCUCCUGAAUGUCUCAAGCAUGCUAAGUAUGCUGGCAGAGGACUUUAUAAGGGAGCACGCGUUCUCCUUAUGCCAGACAUUCAUCCCAUCAAGGAAAAAAUCCUGAAACGAUGCUUUGAAGUGUGACUUCAGCAGUAUCUUUCCUAUGCAAACUUAGGAGCUGUGGAAUGGCAGCCUGGAAUCUUCUCAACAGCCCCUGAUAAAUUAGACAAUUAAAAUCUGUGUAACUAGAAUACAGAUGCAGGACAGUUUUAUCAUGAAUGCCUGAAAUUAGUUGAUUUUUUAAUAUGAUAGAAGAAGGAAGUUGAUUUUUUUUUUUUUAAGUAAUAAAUCCUUGCUGAAUAAUGACUGAACACUCCUGUGGAUAAGGCAGUUUCCAAGUGCCAGCGACAGGCUUUGGGGAGAUAUAAAAGAUGUAAAAACAGGUGUUCUUGCCCUUGGGACCAGGGUGAUGUUGGGGAAGGCAGUAUGUAAAUGAGAAAGCAGACUAUUAUAAGCUUUAACAUUUAAGAAAAAACAUAAAACUAAGUUUAAUGUGCUACAAAUGAAGUAUGUAGAGACUAGAAAAUUCGAAGUAACAAAGUAUGAAUGAAAUAAAUUAGGGAAGAUUUCUGAGUCAGUAAAAUUUGAAAUGGACUUGGGAGGCUAUGGAUUAGAGUCAUAAUGAGGCAUGGGCUAUGGAGUUAGAUGAUCUUGGUUCAACUUGUGGUUCUACUUUUUACUAAUGUGACCUUGGGCAAUUUACUUCUCCAUCCUUAUCUAUGUAAUAGGUGUGAGCAUUCAAAUAAAUAAAAUAGUUAUUCUGUGUUAGGAGUAAAAGGAGAUAAAAGAUCUUCUGGGCAGAAAGUAUAGAAUGUACAGUGUGCAAUGAUGGUAUGAAUGACUAAGUUGUGUUUGUGGGGAGAAUAAAUGAGAAUGACUGGAGAGAAUGUGGGUUGGUCAAGUCAUGGGUAGAGCAGGCGAGAGGGUGGAGGGGACUCAGAGGCCAGACUCUGUUGGGUGUUGAUGAAAAGGUCAAUAGAGUCAUUGUAGGUCCUUGAACAAAGGAUGGAUUUAAUGAGAAGUAUUGAGCCCUCUGAUCCAAGAACUCAGGGACAAGGAGUCAGGCACCGGUAAAUUGUGACUCUCCUACUUCUCUUCUGGACCAUCCUGGCCUAAAGAGAUCACCCAGGAGACAUAAGAUUCCUUGUAGAAAUUUUUGUAUUUACACAGCUUACUCACUAUGUUGAGCUCUGCUUGUGACUGUCUGAUGUUUUACCAACCUGUGGGGAAGUCUCAAGGCUAUGGCUGGAUUCUCUUCAAGAGCUUAUGUUUUUGUGGAAGGGAGAAGUAAAAGCAGAGACCUGACACCCUGAAAACUUGGCCUGGUGCUAUGUCUUCGUGAAGGGUUACCUAUACUGACUGCUUUGAUGUGCUCUGUGGUGGCAAGAAAAUUUAACAGGAUUUAUCAUCUGUUUGACCUUAGAGGCUUAUAGUACAUUUUACCGGAAGCAUCUGUCUACAUAGGAAACAACUCAUCCCAGUUUAUUGAUGAUUUCCCAUCUCCAAUAUGGUUUGCUUAAGUGAUUAAAUUUCCCAGGUGGAGGCCUGAAUUUUGAUCUAUGUCCUCCCUAUAUCAGCUGCCUGAAAGUACUUAAUGAUCACAUGACCCUGGACAUGGAUGCUGUCCUGUCAGAUUUUGUCCGUUCCACAGGAGCAGAGCCAGGGUUGGCCCGAGAUCUCCUGGAAGGAAAGAAUUGGGAUGUGAGCGCCGCCCUCAGUGAUUUUGAACAGCUACGUCAGGUCCAUGCUGGGAACCUGCCCCCACCGUUUAGUGAGGGGAGUGGUGGCUCCAGGACCCCUGAGAAGGGGUUUUCUGAUAGAGAGUCUACUCGCCCUCCCCGACCCACCCUACAGCGGCAGGAUGACAUCGUUCAAGAAAAACGCCUGUCUAGGGGCAUCUCCCACGCCAGCUCCAGCAUUGUUUCCCUGGCCCGGUCCCAUGUCUCCUCCAAUGGUGGGGGUGGGGGGAGCAGUGAGCACCCCCUGGAAAUGCCCAUCUGUGCCUUCCAGCUUCCAGAUCUCACUGUGUACAAUGAAGACUUUCGCAGCUUCAUAGAGAGAGACCUCAUUGAGCAGUCCAUGCUGGUUGCCUUGGAGCAGGCAGGGCGUUUGAACUGGUGGGUGAGUGUGGACCCCACCUGUCAGAGGCUCCUUCCUUUGGCAACUACGGGAGAUGGAAACUGCCUCCUGCACGCAGCCUCUCUUGGGAUGUGGGGUUUCCAUGAUCGGGACUUGAUGCUACGGAAAGCUUUGUAUGCACUAAUGGAGAAGGGAGCGGAGAAGGAAGCAUUAAAACGGCGCUGGAGGUGGCAGCAAACUCAGCAGAAUAAAGAGUCGGGGCUGGUGUACACAGAGGAGGAGUGGCAGAAGGAAUGGAAUGAGCUGAUCAAGCUUGCCUCAAGUGAGCCCCGCAUGCAUCUAGGUACCAACGGAGCCAACUGUGGUGGGGUGGAGAGUUCAGAAGAGCCUGUGUAUGAGAGCCUAGAAGAAUUCCAUGUUUUCGUCCUUGCCCACGUGCUUAGGAGGCCCAUAGUCGUUGUGGCAGACACCAUGCUGAGGGACUCUGGCGGGGAAGCAUUCGCCCCUAUUCCCUUUGGGGGAAUCUAUCUGCCCUUGGAGGUUCCACCCAGCCAGUGUCACCGCUCCCCUCUGGUGCUCGCCUACGAUCAGGCCCACUUUUCUGCACUUGUGUCCAUGGAACAGAAGGAGAAUGCCAAGGAACAAGCUGUGAUCCCACUUACAGAUUCAGAGCAUAAGCUGCUGCCCUUGCACUUUGCUGUGGACCCUGGAAAGGGCUGGGAGUGGGGCAAAGAUGACAGUGACAAUGUCCGAUUGGCCAGUGUAAUCCUGUCCCUAGAGGUCAAAUUGCAUCUGCUGCAUGGCUACAUGAAUGUGAAGUGGAUCCCAGUGUCCUCGGAUGCACAGGCUCCCCUGGCCCAGCCUGAGUCCCCGACAGCCUCAGCUGGAGAUGAGCCCCGGUCCACUCCUGAGUCUGGGGAAUCAGACAAGGAGUCAGUUGGCAGCAGUUCUGCCAGCAAUGAGGGCAGCAAGCGGAAAGAGAAGUCAAAACGAGAUCGGGAAAAGGACAAGAAAAGAGCAGAUUCUGUGGCUAACAAACUGGGCAGCUUUGGCAAAACCUUGGGCAGCAAGCUCAAGAAGAACAUGGGAGGCCUGAUGCACAGCAAGGGUUCUAAGCCUGGAGGGAUGGGAACAGGGUCGGGGGUAAGCAGUGGCACUGAGACACUGGAGAAGAAGAAGAAAAACUCACUGAAGAGUUGGAAGGGUGGCAAGGAGGAGGCAGCUGGGGAUGGGCCUGUAACUGAGAAGCCCACAUCUGAGUCUGUUGGUAAUGGAGGGAGCAAGUAUAGCCAGGAGGUGAUGCAAAGCCUGAGCAUUUUGAGGAUUGCAAUGCAAGGGGAGGGGAAGUUUAUUUUUGUUGGAACCCUGAAGAUGGGUCACCGUCACCAAUAUCAGGAGGAGAUGAUCCAACGCUACCUUUCUGAUGCUGAGGAGAGAUUCCUGGCAGAGCAGAAGCAGAAGGAGGCAGAGAGGAAGAUCAUGAAUGGAGGGGUAGGGAGUGGGCCUCCUCCAGCCAAAAAGCCAGAGCCAGAUGGCGGGGAGGAGCUGCUGACUGCCCCUCCAGCAGAGUCCAAGGCGGUGGCGUUGUCUACUGGCUACCCUGGUGGCUUUACUGUCCCUCGGCCUUCUGGGGGUGGAGUCCACUGCCAGGAGCCCCGGAGGCAGAUGGCAGGGGGGCCAUGUGGGGGGGGCCUGCCACCAUAUGCCACCUUCCCCAGACAGUGCCCUCCUGGGCGACCCUACCCCCAUCAGGACAGCAUCCCUUCUCUGGAGCCAGGCAGUCACUCCAAGGAUGGAGUUCACAGGGGUGCAUUGUUACCACCCCACUUCCGCGUGGCUGAGUCCUAUAGCAACGGCUACAGAGAGCCCCCUGAGCCAGAUGGAUGGGCUGGAGGUCCCCGGGGGCUUCCCCCAACCCAGACCAAAUGCAAACAACCGAACUGCAGCUUCUAUGGACACCCUGAGACAAACAACUUCUGCUCCUGCUGUUACAGGGAAGAACUGAGGAGAAGGGAACGUGAACCGGGUGGGGAGCUGCUGGUGCACAGGUUCUGAAUGGGGAAACCUUGGAGGGCAAGGGGGCUAAACAAAGAAAGUUAAGCUCAAUUAAUUGGCUCAUAAGACCCAGCCCCCAUGUUGAUGGGGCAAAUGCAGUAAUGUUUGUGUGAGCCUGGCCAGAAACUUUUAAGUGUGUGUGCUCUGGAGAGCUGCCAGGCUGGCAAGGGCAGGUCAGGGCUGGAUGGUGCCUCAAGGGCUGUACUGGUCCUUUGCCCAUCUUGACUUAAUGGUACUGAGGAGGUACAAGGGGGGAAAGAUGGUAAUUCUGUGUCAUAACCCCUUGGGUCCAUCCCAGGACCUAAGGGAAAGUGUAAGGGAAGAUUUGAUGUGAGGGGGUGGGGAGGUGGGCAGAAGUCUGGGGGAGGAACUGGCAAAGGAGGUUCUCAGUCAAUAAAAGAAAAAACAGACCAAAGUUCUUUUAGGUUGGAAAAAAGCACAUGGUGGUGGAGUUGGGAGUGUGGAGGGAAACUGGGAAAUUAGUCAUAUUUGCUAUUGAGUUGAAUUAAGGUAGAAAUUUAGUGUUGGAUAAAUUUUUCCUCCUGAAGGAUCUGGAAAGACAAGGCAGUAACGUGUGCUUAUGGAUGCUUAUUAGGAGGGGGCUGGCUUAAAUCAGUUUAGUGAAAUGGGAAAGGGAGGAACUUAAAAGGGGAAUCUUCUUCCUCUUGAGUUUGAUUUCCUUCUAAACAGCCAUCUGUCAUCCCUUCUAGUUCGAGAGGAGAUUGCCAGUUGCCCCCUAUCUUUUUCUCAUCUUUUUUGAGGGCUGAGCUAAGAAGGUUGUGAUUUUUUUUUAAGACUUUAAUUUUAUUAAACAACAACAACAACAACAAAAUUUCCCUCUGGGGAAGGCAAGAGAAUGAUGAGAAGAGCAGCUGUGUGUGUUGAAUUUUCUCCAGGUGAAUUGGUGCAGAGGUGAUCUUUUUUUAACUACUAGCAAUAACCACAUAUUGGGGUUUGAGUGCGCCUUGGGAGGGGGGUGGGAGGAGGACAGACUUUUGGCCAGACUGUUUCAAACAAAACCAAAAACCUAAAUAGAGCACUACCAUCCUCUGCUGCUGUGUUUCUGUAGAAAGCAACUUAGUUUUUGGAAUUUUUUUUUUUUUUUUAAAGAAAAGAAACAGAAAGACCCCGGCAAGCAAAAACAUUUUUUAAAAUAUUUUUUUUCCCUCCUAUUUAAGUGAUUCUUUCUCCUUCCUCUCUACUUUUGGAGAAUGAACUUAAUGUCCCGGCUUCUUUUGUUAAGCCAUAGCUGACCUUAAUCUGUGGUUAGUUUAUUAAAAUAAUAAAAAUACUUUGUAAGAAGAGAUAUUUUUGAUAAUAGGACUGAUGCUGAAACUUGGGGUAGGGGUUAGGGGCAAUUUAUAAAAAGGUAGAGAAAUAUAUUUUAGUGAACUAUAACCACAGAUCACAGAUUACUCCCAAUGAGCUGAUCUGUCUUUGGAUUUCCCCCUUCCUCCCCACCCCCCACCCAUCCUUUUCCCCAGAGGGUGGGAGUGGGUCUGUGGACACAGUAGGGGGGAGCUCCUUUGCAUUUUGCACAAAGCACAAGUCUGGACAGCCUAUGCUCUGGCCAGCACCAUUUCUAAGAGCUUUAAACUGGAGGACCUAUCCUGGGCCAAUUUUACCUUUUCUUUAAAUUUUUUUUUUCUGGGGGAAAAAAAAAACUCAACUAUGCAAUUGUAUACACUCCUGGGUGCAUAUGAGGAAGGGGAAUAAGUGUACUUAAGUGUCCAGAGUGUUAAUUGGGGCUAUUUUUCUGUAUUUGGAUUUCUCUUUUGAGGUAUGUACUCAUAAACCAUCCUGUGGAAUGUAAUCCCCACAUUUGAUCCAAGGCAGACAUGGGCUGGGUGUGUGUGUUAGGGGCACUCGUGUUUGCCCUGUGUUGCUUCUGCCCAAUCCGGAAAGUUGUCAUCCCAUCUCCCCUUUGGUAACAAACCAUCCAAGACUGUCCUAUUCAUUGGAACUGCUCACAAUUUAGAAAGUUUCCUUUCUCCUCAACAAACUUGAAAAGUCACUUAUUUUCUAAAUCUGAUUGUUGAUUUAAUAAUUUCCAUGGCUGUUAAUUCUUAGGCUUUUAUUUGAAAACAAACCUGGUGUUAAGGAAGCAAUGAGGUCAAAGGAGAUAGGUUCCAAAGGAGGGUAUGUAUAUAUUUCUGGGCAGGACUGGGACUAGUGUGAGACAAGCAUGCCCCUCGGUUCAAAACUUAAGGAGAUACCAAAAACUUAAUAAUCAAGAUAAAUACUGUUUUGAUGCAGUAUUUUUAAAAAUUAAUGCAAAAAAUCCAUGAUGAAGAAAAUAUCAGAAUCUUAAAAACGACAGAAUCCAACAGGACUGGGGUUAGAGUGAGGGAAGGAACGCUGAAUUGAGCAAGUACCGGUUGAAUCCUGUCUUUAUUUAAAAUUUUGAUACUUUAUUCAUUGUGGAUUUUUUUACAUUAGUUUUGAUUUUCAAAAUAUACUGUGUUAAAAUAGUAUCUUGGUUACUGGGUUUUGGGGCACCCCUUAAAUUUUGUGCCCAAAGUGAGUGCCUUGCUCACCUUACCCUGUUUCCGGGGUUAGAACAACACUGGUGAGACCACCUUAUGAACUUCGUCCCCUAACAUGCACCCAAACAACAGGUGGCUCAAACUCACACUGAGAAUUUGCAUAGCUCACCUAGCUUUCCCAUAGGCAUCCAUCUAUAUCAUAGGAUUUUGGCCUGGACCAGUAGAAAUGGAAACAGACCAGGGACUUUCCCAGAGAAUAAAACAAGGAAAGUUGAUUCUCCACUGGACUGCUGUGUUUGGAUUUGACCUAUUAUUAGAUUCUAGUUAAUACUUUUGUUUUUAAAAACUGAGGACAAAUGAACAAAAACGGAAACCUUGUGUCAUGUUUGCUUUUGUUCUGAUUUAUAAAUGAACCAAUCCCAAUUGCUUUUGACUUCUUUUCAAAUAAAAAAGGUGGAAAUUCUGGUGGGUGGCCUAGGGGUGAAUAUGGUAAAAUAGGGCUUUAUUUAGGCCCUCUAGCUUUUUCAUUAAGAAAUAAAUUUUUUUUUUAAUUUGGGAAGGUAACUAUUUAUUGACACAUUAAAAAAAAAAAAACACCCUCUCUAUUCUAAAGAUGAGGGACCCUGAGUCAAUGGAUGUUUUUCCAUAGGUAUGAGUAAAGUUUGUUUUUGUUUCAUCCUUUGAGAGGGCUGUGGAACGGGAGGGUGGUGAAAAAAUAAUACCUGCAAAAUGAAGACAGACUCUCGUUGGUUUAUGGUAUUUGGGGAGGAUGAGGGGGUGGAAGAGGCAAGCUCAUGCAAUUACUGUGUUGGGGAAAAGGGAGGAGAAGGGUACAUGAUGUGCACUCAAAAUGAGCCAAAUUCCUUAGUUAAGGAGGGUGUGGGUGAAGGGGGGAGGCAGACCCCUCAACCCUGGUUGAGGGAUGAUAUCUCUCAGGCUUAAAUAAGUGCACCUAGUUCCUUUAAUCCAGGCACUGGGGUACCUACUGAGGUUUUUAUUGGAGAGGGAAGAUUUUUCAGGGCUCUUAUUUUUCCCCUUUUGAUUUAAGACAGUGCUACCCCUCCACCCUACGCUCUCCAUCUCAGCCCUGAUGGAGCAAGUAUACUAUAGGAGAGGCCUCCAAAUUCCUCCCUUAAUCUAUGCUGGUUUUAUUGAGAGUUACAAGAUUUAACCAAACGUUUUUCCCUCACACUGGAUUCUACAACAAAAGUAAAAGAUUAUAUUAAAAGUUUGUUUGUUUUUUUUUUUUUUAAAGAUUCAGUCUCUUUAUGGAGUGUGGAUGGUGUUUAACUCAGUGCUGUACAGGAAGUUCCUUCCCUCUCCUGUUGGCUGUUUCUUCUCAAGUGAAACUAAAGCUCACAGACCAACACAACAGAAAUUAGCAAUGACUUUUUGUUGUAUAUUUGGGAAUGAUACUGAGCUGGAAAGAAUGGAGCUGAUUCUGAAUGACUUCUGAGAACCUAGCUUUUGCUAUUCUUACUACUUUCUAAACAGCCACAUGUCCAAGGUUCCAGUCACAUUUUAUCUUUCCCAAUAAAGGAGGUUCAAAGAUAAUUGUCCCCAGUUACUUGGACACCUCUGGACUCUGUGUCCUCUUCUUCCUCUAAGGAGUCAGUGCCCCAGACACACAACCACAGGUGAGAAGACAGAAUCAGAAGCCCCUUCUCGGCCUGGAAUCACCUGCACCCCAGAUUUUUCUAAUUUCCUUUUCCCUCCAGGCCCUUCAACAACAGAUUCAGUGACUCAUGUAGGCAGUCUGUCUCUUUCAUUUUGUAGAUACCUGGUCUGCAAAUUACAGGCUGUUUUGCCCCCUGAACUUAAGUUGACUAGCAAAAUAUCAUGACAUCCCCCAUGGAGACUUUCUCCAUGCCACCUCCCUUCACUGGCCACUUGGGUAAGGGGCAGUAGAAAAGAGAAAGGGAAGCUGGCUGACAGGGCGCAGCGAGGAGUGGGGGUGGGGAGGACCUUGGCCUCGUUUCUGUGCUUAUAACUGGAUCUGUGACUCAUCUUGUGAGUCACUCAGCUCCACCUCCUUCCUCUAGCUGCCCCUCCCAGCAGCCUUCACUCCUGGCACAAACCUGCAACCAGACCAGGAUUCUGAAAAUGGAAAAAUCUGAUACAGCCCCUUGCCUCUUCACCCUUCCUUUCAUCCACUAAACCUCUACUGGGUGUGUGUAGAAUGGACAGAGGGGGGCCUCCUGUUACUUAACCCUCAGCUGCUGCCCCCUUUGCAUUCCUGGUGAGGUGCUGAUCUAAGUCACCCACCUUUUUUCUGCCUCUGACCUUCCACCAUUCCCCUGAUGUUUUUUCUCUGUAUUCCUCUGCUGCUCCUACACCUCAAGUAUUAAAGAAUAGAAUGAGGCUCUUGAAUGAAGGGUGGUGGGGAGAAGGAACGUGGAUAAUGGAUUUUUAAAUUGUGGUACACAGCUCUUCCUAUUGCCACAGACCUUGGGAAAUAUUUUCUUCCCCCCAAGAGAUUGAGGCUGAUGGAAUGCAGGUGGGGGUGGUGGGGCUUGGUAGCUUUUAAGACUUCUAGAAUCAGGCUUCUGGGCUACCUUCCUAGCAGGUGUAUGCCUCUCUGUUCCACACUGACUCCCUGCCUCAGAAUAUCUUCACUAUUUCCACAGUUGCAGCCAAGACAGGGAACUUUUAAAGCUGAGGCCGGAAGGGUGUGUGUGCUGGGGUGGGGGGAGAGAGAGUUGUCUCUGGAAAACUGGGGCCCCCACCUAAGAAUUGCUGCCUCUGUACAAACUCAAAAUCAAUAAAACAGCAGCUCAUGAAUUCAUUACUUUGUAUUUUAUUUUCUGUCUUUUUCAUACCUAAAGGUAGAUUUUUGCAUUCCUACCCCCAGUCGCCAUUGCCUACAGUUCCUUUACUUCCCUCCUAGUGUCCUCCCCACCCAUCUUUGCUUCUUGGGUUGCAAGGGGGAGGGUGGGGGGAUGGGACUGUUGCACUUAACAGAGGUUUCCAACCCUCAGCCUUCAAAGACCUUAACAUGAAUCAUUAACUUGGAGAUCUG